AUGCCUCCGACCGAGAAGCAAAAGGACUCCCACCGUCAUCGCUCUUUCAAGGGGUGCUGGACCUGCAAGAAAAGGAGAAUCCAGUGCGAUGAAUUACGCCCAGGCUGUCAAAAAUGCAGUUCCAAGGGGCUCACUUGUGAGGGAUACGAGAUCCGAUUACGCUGGGGGGCUGGUAUCGCCUCCCGGGGGAAGUUCUCGGGCGCCGAGAAGCCCGUGAAAGAAUCUAUACCCCCACGGUCGAAGCGAAGAUGGGACAUGCGAGACAAAGGGGACAAAUCUCCUUCAGGCGAUGAGGAGGGUCAGCCUGUUCUAGUCUCUCAGUCUUCGAUUAAAGGUAUUGCCAGUUCAUCGACGUCUUUUGUGGCUCUAAGCUCACAUAUUCUUCUAGAUCGAGAACCCCAAUUGGUUGCCAAGCGAGCAACAGUUAAUAUACUCAACUCACAGUGGGAGCCGGACUCUCCACUGAGCUCGGCUAUCAACAAACAUUUUGAGAUACCUGUAUCAUUGGCCACUUUGGCUGCGGCUGGCGUGUAUGGUCGGGAUCAAAAUAUGACGGGUCAAUAUGCCCAGCAUGCGGUCCGACGGAGUAUAUUGGCGUGA